UCCAAUACUGGCCAUGACUGUGGAUGGGCCCAUGCAGGUGUGGACAGAUGUGCUGUGCUGUACGACAUGUGGACUUGGGAAGCAACUCUUCUAGAAAACAAGCGCCAGCUUCUUGACAGUUACUUUGAAGCCUACCAGCAUGCGUUGGACCCAGAGGAGAGGUUUGCCUUAGCACAAGUGAUCACUGACAUCAUGCACAGGUGCGCAAGGUUUGAUCUCAGCCAGCCUUACUUCAUUAAGGCCUACCGAGAUGAAUGUGCCUGCCUGAGGCUUCACCUGCAGCUAGUGAGGGGCCUUCUCAACCAGCACAUAGAGUGUCAGCGGGAGUAUGUCCGGAGACUUUGGCUUGACAGCCAUCCAGAUGAUAGCACUACAUUUGGACUUCCUCUCAACAUAAUUUGCAAACAACUCAUUUCCAUCAACAAUAGCUGCCCAGCUUUGAAAAACAUUUAUCUGCUAGAGUUCCACCCUUCCCUGGGCCUAGCUUCCUGCAUCUCCAGAGCCCUUGAGCACCUCCUCAGGGAGGCCCGCCACACUUGCAGGCCCAGGUCGGCCAGCGCCCUCACCUCGCUGGAAAGGCACGUGCUGCAGCUGGCCCUGGAUGUGUGGCUCACCCCGGCCAAGCCUGAGUCCUGGUACAGCACACAGCUCCAGAAAGAUCUGUUUUCAGCUAAAGUGAUGGGAGACCCCUUUCUCGUGGGGGAGAUAGGCCUGCUUGCACUCAAGUCUGCAGCAGAUGAAGGACAGAACCAAGGCCAAGAUUCUCAUAUGCUGCUCCUGGAGACGUUUUCCAAACUUUUGGAACUCUUGACCCUCCGCCAUCGGCUGGUAGAAAUGAGUCUGGAGAGUGCACACUUAGCACGUCUCUAUAAGGAAUUGGCGUGUGAGGUGGGUUUUGAAGAGUUCCAUUUGUAUCUGAGGCCUGUUCACUUUGAAUUUGCAUCACACAAGGACAAGGUGGUCCAUCCACCCCCUGUCUUUAUAACUUCUCUGCUGGAAGACAGUGAUCGUGUAGACAGAUAUUCUCCUGUGACUCUUGUCUUAGCCAUCUCUGAGGUGGAUGAUAACCAAGUUGGCAGAUUUAGUUUUUAUACAAAGGAAGCCAUUCUUAAGCUCCUGUCCCAUUCAGGAGUGGAAAAUUUGCAAGUGACCCUUGCAUGCCAAGCUACUCAGAAAAAUGCUUUAAUGGUGGCUGUCCAGCAGGCGUCCUUCUAUCACACUCCCCAAGGGGACUGUCCCGCUGAUGUCAAGGAUGAAAUUGGGAAAGUCAAGAGAGAUGUCAUAGUUGAAUAUUGUCAGAAGUUCAACCACCGUAUGUCUCACUAUGCUCUUCGGGGUCAGAUCAUGGCAUACUGCAACAGCCUGAGAGCCCUGCUGAACCAUUUCCCAACCAUCAGGGAUACCUUUUUCAUGCUGGGACAACCACAAGAAAAGAAGGGGUUGAGGGACUCCAAAGAGGGCCUCGAGGCUGACCCCAGGAGUUUUCAGCCCCGGCCACGAUGUUUGCUGUCUGCUGAUGGAAAAAUCUUCCUCAAUUUAUGGUUCAUACCCCAUCCUUCUGAAGUGCUGGUUAUGUUCAAAACUCUGCCAGAAAAGGCAGCUUUUAGAGCCUUAAAGCUGACUCUACAGCUGAUAGCCUCUCUCCAUGACAUUGUGGCCUACCUUUUCAGUUUUGCCAAACUUGGAAAUUGUCCAGCAUGUUUUGAAUUUCCUCUAAGUCCUAACCCUCUGAGAGGUAACUGGGGAGGAACUGAGGGGAUUGCGUCUGAGCUUCAAGAGCUGCAGAAUAUGAUUGACAGCCUCCAGAGCCCCCAAGACCCCACCCAGGUGUCCCAGGCCCUCCUCCUCCGAAGGGAGGUUAUGUUUCUGCAGUUUGAUGCUGCAGUGAGGUACCUCAUCCGAAGAACAUUUCUGACAGCUGGGAAUGCUCCUGCCUACCAGUCUGUCACAGACGGCAUGUACCAUGGGUUGCCACCACUCAGCAACUCUCUGGUGAAGAGCAUUUUUGCUUCACAGCUCAGCCUGCCCCCACCACUGGAUCCACAGAGCCUCCAGGCAUUUGUGCUGUUCCCUUGGAGAGCAUUUCUGGAAGAUGGAGGACCAUUUCCACUUAUGAGUAGCAGCCCAGAUACCCUAGAAUAUAAUAUGCAGCUAUGCCUCUGUAGGCUGAGUGACCGCGACCUCAAGGUGGCUCACGGAGAACUGGUGGGCAUGCAACUGCUAAUGGAAGAUGUACUUCUGAGCAACUAUCAUGUGAUCAUGGAGGGUUCCCCAGGACAGCAAGUCACACUGGACAAAAAUAUACAGCCAGAUUUGUCCGGAGUGCCAGGAUUUAGAAGUCAGUUCCAAAGCAGCCCAAAGGCAUCCGAGCUGCUGGGGGGCCCGUGCAAUGCAGUGAUGUCCCUCGCUUUGCUGAGAUCAUUUCUGGUGCUGUGGAAGCAGCUGGAAGUGCUAAAGGAGCAUUGGGGCCGACUGAAGCUGCGAAGCCAGGAUAUCAAUUCUCUCUCUUUCCACAAACAGUUCUUGGAGCUCUACAGAACGGACAUUCUCUACCCCAGCAUGAAAGCCAUAGCUAGGCGGAUGGGGAAAGAAGAUGAAUUUGAAGAACUUAUAAUAAGUAGUCAGUCUAUUCUUCCCCCCAGAGGAUCUUCAGAAAUUGAAAUAAAAACUCAGCAGCUUCAGAAACUUCUAGAAAAUCUUGAAAUUCAUAUGAUCCAGGAGGUAUUAAGAAAAGUAAACAGAGAGAGAGCACUGGUUGUGUCAGAAAAGUCCAAGGAGCGGCAUACUCUCCCUACAGACCUUUGGAAACACCAAGUCAUGAAAGAAAACUUUUCAGUUAUUAGACCACAAAUUGUGGAAAAGUUUAUACAGAGAUUACUGGAGAAUUACCAGGAUGGUGGAGUAGAGAUCACUUUCAGUAAAGACCACCUCGAGGCCUGCCUCCUUUCCCUGGGCUGUGAUGUGAUGGCCAGAGAACGCAGCAACUUCGAGAGCUACUCCAUGUGUUACGAGCACUUGUUGGAGCAUGCGAGGCAGAAGCUCCGCCAGAAGGAGCAAGAAUUAGGCAUCAUGCGAAGAGGUCAGAGUCCACCUGAAAGCAGUGCUGGUCAGGUUGCAGAGCUCAGUCACAACAUGAUCAUGGAAAUCACUGCCCUGAGAGCCCAGCUCACGGAUUUGGAGGAGGAGAAUCUGAAUCUCAAAAAGCAGAUUAGAAAAGAAGUCCAAGAAGAAUAUGAAGCCCUGGUCCAAGCUUUGUUUGUGACGUGUUUGCACAUCAAAGAGAAACUGGAUGAGAAUCAGCUUAAUUUGAUCCAGAAAGUGUGCGAGCUCAUCGGUGAAGUAAGGACAGAAGGGAUUGACAACAUGAAGGACCUAAAGAAAAAAUGGGGCUCUGCCAGACCUGAGGAAGAAAUGAAAGAAAACGCAGCUGAAGAGCAGCUGCGAGUCCUGGAGCAGAACAACAGCAGCCUGGCCGCCCUGGUGUGCAAAGUGAGGAGCCUGGGCCACUGGAGGCUGGCAGUGCAGCAGGCGCGCUUCCGGGGCCAGCUGAGGAGGGCCGAGGAGGAAGCUAUGCAAAGUAAAAAAGAGUGUUUGAGCGUCAAGCUAAUGGCAGAACACGAAGUGACUCUGUUUCGUCAACAGCUGUUGGCUCUGCGGCAGGCCUUGGCCAGGGCUCAGGCCGACAACGCGAGGGUGUGCAGGCAGCAGGAGAACCAGGCUCAACUGCUGAAAGAGUUAGAACACAGAGCGACCCAGGAAGCUCGCCACCGGCAGCAGCUGGAUUUAAUGAAAUCCUCCAGCAUGGAGAAGCUGCUGGAGGAUGUGGAGCAGAAAGAACAGCACCUGCAGCUCCUUACUGAAGAGGCCGAGAGGGCCUCUAAACUGGACCAGCUCCAGCAGAAGAAAAUUCAGAGAGAACUGCGACAGAUGAGAAGCCGGCUUGCCCAGGAGCGCAGUGUGAAGGUGGACGCUUUCCAGCGGGUAAAAGAGCUGCAGAGUCAGCUUAAUGAUGCUGAGCGAUUGUUGGACCAGGUGAACUCACCAGGCGGCCUUAUAUCCCAGACUCACUACUCCCUACAUUCUGCUUCCACAUCAUCCAGAUACUCCCAGCAACACCUUUUAAAGACUGAUCUUAUGGGCAAUAAAAUAAGGAUUCAAAGGCCAAAGACUGUACCUGCACCUAUUAAACACAAAAAAAGAAAUGACCAUGUCUUCCUACCCAAUGUGGCAGAAAAUGUCCAACUUUCAGCUUUUCAAGUCAAAACGGAUCCAUCCAGAAUCCCAUUCAGGCCUGAUUGGUAACAUAUAUCCUUUUUCCAAGUUUUAUUUCUAUGAGCAUUUGAAUGAAUAAAAAUGAUUCUAAACUCCA